ACAGAUAUCAGUUGUAUAUCAUGCAAGUUAAACAUUCAACAACAGUGAUGGAUAUUUGUUGAAAAUUUAUUCAUAUUUUAAAAGAAAAUUGACAAAAACACAAUGAAUCAAAUUGAAGGUAUACUGUUUGAGAGUGAUUCAUUGUCGAAUCAUAAUCAGCCGGUGUUAUUGAAUCGAAUAAAAAUGGGUGAAGUGUUUCAAUUGCCAAAUGAACGAUAUGCGCUUGUUUGUAUUCAUUGUUCGGAGGAAUUUCAGUAUUUCUCUGAAUUUACAUUGCAUGUUCAGGACCAUUUUUUGCAAAUGAACGCUCAGAUAGACGAAAUGGAGACAAUAAACACCGAGUCGAUCAAAACAGAGAUGGAAAUCAUUGAUAGCAUUUCGAGAUCUUCCAUAAAAUCAGAGACAAGUAUACAAGAAUCAAAUGUACUCAAUCAAAAACAAGACAUUGAAGCAAAUGUAAAAACCGACAUCGAUUAUUCCGACGAUGAUUUUAGCAAUUUGUUGGACGUUUGUAUCGAUAACAGCUGUGAUGAACAAGAAGAAAUACCCACGGUACCGGCGAAGCAAGCAACUACAAAAGAAUUGGUGAUAAAAUCAACAACAAAAUCAAAGGCAAAGCGCAAAACAAAAGCAAAGACCACCAAACCGUGCAAAAAACCAAAACGAAUGAAACUGGAAUCGAUUGAAGUAGCAAAUGCUUACGAAAAUUUAUUGGCAGAAUAUAGAGAUUCAAUCGAAGAUGCAAUGGAUCCGGUCAAAUUUGAAAUAUUCAAAGCAGAAAAGGUGGACGGAUUAUUUCCAUGCACGAUAAAAGAUACGGCUGAAGUUCGACUUUUAGCAGCAUUGUCAUUGAAUUCUUUCAAAUAUGAAAAAGUCGACAAAGAACAUCUAUGUCCGGUGUGUAAAGCACCAUUUCCAAAUCCCGCAUCAGUCCGCAGACAUGUUUUUUCACACGUCAAAGAAAAGGUAUUUCUGUGCGGUUUCUGUGAGCAAAAAUUUCGAACAAUCAGAUACCUUCGGGGCCAUUUGAGAGAGAAGCAUCAAAAUGAAAAGCAAAAAUUUGAAUGUUUCCUAUGUCACAAACAAUUUUCACACAAUCAAUUCCGUGCGAUGAAGGACCACAUUCAAUCACAUCAAUUUGCCAAUCUACAUUGUACACUUUGUAAUAAAAAAUUUAAGGAAUAUCGUUUCUACCAAUUGCACAUGAUAAACAUACAUCCGCAUGGUAUCGACCUAAACAAUCAAAAUCGACCGCAUCAAGAGCCAAUUGAUUAUCGUCAAAAACCGGUGAUAACAUCGUUUGAAUGUUACUUGUGUCGGAAGAAUUUCCGAGAACGUCGAUUGCUACGUAGUCAUAUGAAGUUGCACAUCCAACAGCCGCGGUUGUGUUUAGUCUGUGGUAUUUUCUGCAGUAGCGCCACAUCGCUCAGUCGUCAUAUGAAGCUCCACGAUUCGGACGAGACCAAAUCUCAUUUUUGUAAUCUUUGCAAUAAGGGAUUUAAAGUGCGGCAGUACUUACUCCGACAUAAUCGCAAAGAGCACGGUAUAUGGGCUGAUAAUACUCCACCAAAAUGUUCAAUAUGCGGACAAGAGUUUGAUAAGAAGAGCCUGCUCCAUGAGCACAUGAAAACACAUCCAUUCGAAGAAACGAGGAAUUUUAUGUGCAACAUUUGCAAUCAUGCCGCGAAAAAUGCAUACAAUUUAAAACGACACAUGCAAACACAUAGCAACGAUCGGUCGUUCGAAUGUCAUAUAUGCGCGAAAACAUUCCAUCCGAGAUAUGCUAAAGAUCACAUGAAGUCACACACCGAAGCACCCAAACACAAGUGUCCAAUAUGCACAAAAAAGUUCAAACGCAAAUAUGCGCUAAAGCAACAUAUGUAUCAACACGGCGGUGCUCCAGAACAUAAAUGUGAUAUUUGUGGCAAAGCAUUUGCCAGAACCGAUAAAUUGUUGCGCCAUCGACGGCGACAUGGCAUACCAUUGAAUUAUCACUGCAAAAUUUGUCUCAAAGGAUUUAUCUCCCAAAAAUCGUAUUUGCUGCAUGAAUCCAGCCACAUGAAAGAAAAAACAUCAACCGAUGUUAAUCAAUUUAAAUCGGAAUUGUUAGAUGAUCAUUAAAAUUGUAUUUGUUA